CCGCCGCAGCGGCUCGGCCUCGCCUCGACCGCCACUGGCCGACAGUGCGGGGAACAUGCUGCAGGAGGAGGAGGAUCUGUCCCUGACCAUCGCCCAUAUUGUUCAGAAGCUCAAAGGCUCCCGGCUCUAUUCGCAGCUGGAGCGCCAGGCCUGGGUUAGUCUUCAGAAACCCGAGAUUAAACUUGAAUCACUCAAAGAAGACAUUAAGGAGUUCUUUAAAAUAUCAGGUUGGGAGAAGAAACUUCAGAAUGCUGUUUAUAGUGAACUGACUGUGUUUCCUUUACCUAGGCAUCCUGCAGCACCACCUGAACAUCUAAAAGAACCUUUGGUAUAUAUGAGAAAAGCACAGGGAAGUUGGGAGAAAAGAAUUCUGAAGAGUCUAAAUAGUAUGUGUACUGAACUAAGUAUCCCAUUGGCACGGAAGAGACCAGUUGUAGAGCAAAAGGAACUUCUCAAUAAAUGGAAUGAAAUGGGAACUGAUGAACCAGAUUUAAGCCUUUUCAGACCUGUUUAUGCUCCUAAAGAUUUUCUUGAGGUAUUAAUUAAUCUUCGUAACCCAAAUUAUGAAAAUGGUGAUCAUCUUAAUUUAAAAACUCAUUUGGGUUUAAUCCAAGUUCCUCUAAAAGUAAAGUAUAUCUCUGAAUUGAAAGAGUUCUUUAUUGAAUUGAGCUUAAAUACAGGACAGCUGGGUAUUGAUGAUGCUACACAAGUGCCUCCUGAGCUUUUUGAAAAUGAACAUGUACGGCUUGGACAAAAAGUUUUAGCUGAACAAGAUAGUGCUGCUGCUCAACAGUAUAUCAGACAAGGUAGCCCAACAGCACUUCGAGCAGAAUUGUGGGCCCUCAUUUUGAACGUUUCUAAUCAACCUGAGGAUCUAUUGUAUUAUGAACAGCUCAAAUCUAAUGUGAUUCAGCAUGACCUUUUAGUGGAUAGCCUCAUUUAUAAGGAUGUGAAGCUGACAGCCAGCAAUGAUGAUUACUAUUUUGUAUUUGAAGAUUAUUUGUAUCAGGUAUUACUAUGUUUCUCCCGAGAUACAUCUGUAUUAGGACACUUUGCCUACAAUAGUGCUUCACCACCAAAGUCAUACAUAAGAGGAAAACUAGGAAUGGAAGAUUAUGCUGUCUUUUAUCCACCCAAUGGAGUAAUCCCUUUCCAUGGAUUUUCAAUGUAUGUUGCUCCACUUUGUUUUCUGUACCAUGAACCUUCCAAAUUGUAUCAGAUAUUCCGUGAGAUGUAUGUGCGUUUUUUCUUCAGACUCCAUUCCAUCUCUUCUCAUCCUUCUGGUAUUGUUUCACUCUGUUUGCUGUUUGAGACACUUCUUCAAACUCAUCUUCCACAACUCUUUUAUCAUCUACGGGAAAUUGGAGCUCAGCCACUUCGUAUAUCAUUUAAGUGGAUGGUACGUGCAUUCUCUGGUUACCUAGCCACGGAUCAGCUUUUGCUUUUAUGGGAUAGAAUCCUAGGAUACAACUCUCUGGAAAUUCUUGCUGUUCUGGCAGCUGCUGUGUUUGCUUUCCGAGCAGUAAACCUGAUGGAGGUGACAUCGCUGGCUGCAGCUGAAGCUGUGCUUGCUGACCUUUCCACUUUAAAAGUCAUGCCUCUUCUUCAGAUUUUUCUCUUUGCCACUAUCACUUGAUCUUCUUCUAGGUCACUGACAAAACACAUCUAGUUUUUCAUUAGAAACUAAUCAUGAACUAUGCAAUCUCUGCAUAAAACCAAAAUUAACCUCUGCAUAUCAACCAAUAAAGAUCAUGUUCCCUUUGCAGUUAAACCUAAGUAGUUUUUCACUUUAUAAAACAAUAACUUUGCACAUCAAAUAUUACACUGCAUGCUGCUGAAUUUCAUCAAAAGAGGAAGAUGUAAUCUUCAUGAUAAUAUGGAGAAAUCCUCAUCUGUGCAUACCGUGUAUAUAUGUAUUAAUACAUAUAAAUAAUGAUCUAUAAAGGGCAUGUAACAGUAUAUGCAAUAAGAAAUGAAAAUAACGUAAUAAACUCUGUGAGAGCUAAUGUAGCUCCUAUGAUGAUUCUUACAUCAAGUUGAAGAUUUUUCUCCAGAUAAUGUAUUAUUUAAUUUUUUGAAUUGGCUUUCAUUCAAAGCCAGAGUGAAAACUUGAAGAGGAUACUGCCUUAAAUGAAAAUUAAAUUUAACUGUUUGUCCAUAUUUUCAUCAACUUCUCCUUUUAAAGGAAGUCUGAUGGAUCCUUUUCUAUUUAACUUCUCCCUUAAAGAAUUCUACUGUCAGAGGUUACAUACAGUUAUCUCCAUAUCAUUCCCUCAUUCAGUUUGCAAGAUCUCUGAAGAAAAUGUGAGGUGCCUUUUUUGUACUUCUCAGCCUUCCUCAUCCUGGUUGGGAGACUUGGCGCUUCUGUAGUCAGCCCAAAUUCUGCUACCUUGGAGGUCUGCAAAGAGUAUACUCAAGUGAAUUAAGCAUCUGGAGCAUAUCUAACUCUGGUGAUGUCUCAGUUAACUAUGUUCACUCCCAGAGUGGAGCCAGUGAGAAAUCUAGAAAUGCAUACAAGUAGUCCUUUCAUUCAGAGCUAAGAAAAUCUUGCAGUAUGUAAGCAGUGGCAUUUUGAUUGUGGUUGAAUGUGAAAGGCAUUGUUUUGUUUUAACUCCCAAAUAAGAGAUCUGCCAUUUCUCUAACACUGAACAAAAGUAGAUAAACAAAGGAAAAAACAGAUAUCCCUUAGGUUCACAAUUAAGUCUCAAAUUAGAGGUAUUAAUCAUUUCAUCAAAAACAGUCCCUAAAUAGAUGUAUGCUUUUUUGUAGCUUGCCUACUAUUUCAUUAAAUUAUAUCCAAAGAUAA